CUGCGCGCAUGGGCGGCGAGAACAAGUCGAAGGCGCCCUCGGGAGUGAAGGCCGUGCUCCAGUACACGGGCAUCCCCCCCUCUUGGCUUGACUACCGCCCCAAGCUCCCCUCGCGGAACUGGCUCAUCUUCUGGACGGUGACGAGCACGGUGACCGGCUACUAUGUGUACGAUCGCCGCGAGUGCAAGCGCAUACGGCAGGCGUAUGUGGACCGGGUCAGUCAUCUUGCGGAACGACCGCUAGGUAUCCUGGAGCCGCCACGGAAGGUCCGGGUGUAUGGAUGCAAGUGGCCGGGCGACGAGGACUACAACGCGAGCAUCAAGUACUUCCGGCGGUAUAUCAAGCCCAUUCUUGUUGCUGCAGGCAUCGACUACGACAUCGUGAACGGCAACAAGAGUGGAGAGCUCGCGCAGAAGAUUGCGGACGAGAUUCGCGCGCGGAGAAGGGUGGAAGCAGGCCUUGACAGCCCACCGAUUCACCUGCUGGCGACCCCCACAUAUGUGCCCCCAGAAGUCUUGGAGAAGCGCGCGGUCGAAGACGGUGCUGUCAUCAUCGGGCGCCCGGCCUUCAAGGAGUUCAUGCUCGGCCUCGCGCGCGGCUGGACGGAGGGCUUGCAACCCGUCGACCGCGACGAGGCACUGGCCAACGCUCUCGCGGACGACGGUCACUUCGACGAACCCGAGGAGGGCGUAGCUCACACUCCCAAGCCCGUCACCCAAUACACGCCCCCACCAAUCACCCCCACCCCCGGCACGGACGUCGCGCCGCCCGCCACCAUCCCGCCCAUCCCUCCUCUCCUCCUCGUCUCCUUCGUUGAUUACAUCGGCUUCGGCCAGAUCCCCUACAUGCUCUGGGACUGGUUCAACCAGCGCGAGCGCGUGCGCGCGGGCGCGGAGGCCGCCUACCGCCUCGUCAUGCGCCAGACGCGGCCCUUCCGCGAGGUCGCCACCCCCACCUCGCCGAGCGACCUCGCGUUCGACAAGGACAAGGAGGCGUUCUUCAAGAGCUCGAGCGCGGAGAUCCCUGCGGAGACGGCCAAGUCGCGCGAGAAGUACUACGCGGAGCUGCCUGCGAGGCUGCAGGUGGCGCGCGAGCUUGCGAGGGGAGUGAGGGAGCCGACGAAGGAGGAGGCGGCGCACCCGCCGCCGACGGAGGUCGAGUUGAGGCAGGAGCGCAUGAACAAGGAGAAGGUGUGGCGGAAUAGGGUGGACGGGUGGGAGAUCAUUAAGCCGGCGCAGAAGGUGUUCUUCGACGAGCGGUUGCGGGGCUUGUUGAGUGUCUAUGUCGACCCGGAGGAGACGAAGGAGCCGGAGACAAAAGUAUGAUGGAUAUCCGCUAGACUACACUACUGACCUCACCUCACUUGCUUAUUGUAAUGGAUGAUAAUGCUCAUGUGCCACGAAAGACGC